AUGAGAGAAGUGCACCAGAGAAAGUUCCAAGGCAGAACGCCAAAUACAUGUGAAUGGAUCACUACAAAUCCCACAUUCGUCCAAUGGCAAUCGUCUAGAAGCCAAAGUAAUCAUGACCGCCUGUUAUUUGUUUCAGGGAAGAGCGGCUGCGGGAAAAGUGUCCUUGCGUCAUCUAUUAUUGAGAAGUUCCAGAAACAGAAUAGGAGUACAAUGUUCUUCUACUUUUCUAAUCUGGAUAGUAGCCAGCAGACCGUUGAUGGUUUGGUACGAUGGCUUUUGCACGACGCCUUAACAUCAGCACCAGACGAACAGAUGCGCAACACCAUCCAGUCACGCAUUUUAAAUGGCCAACCUACAACAUUUGAUCUAUGGGAAACAUUUAAUGAAGUUACGACCAAAUCAAAAACCUCAAUAUACCUUAUCAUUGACGGGAUCGAUGAAUGCCAAGACUCAAUUAGUGGCUUAUUCACGCAACUUCUUACAACGAUCAACACGUCCUCGUCACUCAAAAUGCUUCUAGUUGGUAGACCUCAUAUUUUUGAAGAGCAUACUUCAAUACAGCGAAUUCACAUUACCAAUGAUAUUCUCCAAGCAGAUAUCAAGUCGUUCAUCACGGCGGAAGCUCGAAAAAUACAAACGUUAGGACAAUCGGAAAUUCAAGACAUGGUCAUCAAAGACAUAUGGGAAAAAGCUGAUGGUAUGUUUCUGUGGGCGAGGCUGGCCAUGGAUCAACUCCGCGGGGCAUAUAGUCGAAAUGAUAUCAAGAAAGUAUUGCAGUGCCUACCGCUCGGAUUAGAAGAUGCAUAUUGCCGCAUUUUACACAGCAUUAUGAAGGAACAUGGAGAGACCGGACUAGAGACCGCAAAAAUAAUUUUCAAAAUUCUUGCUGCGUCUGGUAGAGCUUUGGAGUUGAAAGAGCUCCAGCAUGCUCAUGCAGUGGCAUCUCAAAUAAGUCUACCCGAGUUUGAAAGAGAUCAGCUUGAUGCAUACAAAUGUUUCAAUCCCACAAGUAUGUUGAUGCAAACUUGUAGGGGCUUAAUCUAUAUUGAGAACGACAAGGUCUGCCUAGUCCAUCAAACGGCAAAAGAAUUUUUGACAAGGCAAAUUACACAAUGGGGUUCGGAAAUCUCGACUCUAAGAGUAGAACUUACAGACGCUCACGAGCUCUUUGUCAAUACAUGCAUUGAGAGCAUGAAUAACGACGGAUUUGAAUGGUUUCAUCAAAGAGAGGGCAUGUUCUUGUCACAUGACUUGAUGUAUCCUCCCUUUUUUCUAUACGCUUUCAAAUUCACUGUAUAUCACUUCAAUAGAAUGCGGGAUCCUAGUGCAGAAACAUUAGCGCGAGUAAAGCACUUUUUCGAUACUCAUUGGGCUUCUUUGAUCGAAAUCAUUAUCAUCUCAUGUUUCAUAGAAGGGCCUAUGUCUCCCACACCACAAGAAUAUCUAGAAGCUGCUGAAUGGCUCGAAAACGGUUCAGCUAAUCUUACCACAACGACAGAUGAGGUCAAGAAGCAUUUUCAGAUGAUAUAUCAAGCACAUACGCAAAACUCGUGGCACUCUCAGCGAUUACGUCUGCUGGGUCAAUUCUUGGAUUUGAUUGACGAAGACGAUAUUGAUACCUCUGAUUCAGUAACGUGCGUUGUGCAAAGUCAAAGCUUUGACAACAAAUCGGCUACAUUGCAAGUUAAAGACCACUUCUCAAAAAUGAUCCAUUUUCUAGCGGACGGUCCUCUUCUUUCGCUGUCAAAACAAGCCGACUUACUUUCUGUACUCAGCGCGAUAUUGCGAGGGCACAAAUACAUAAAAGAUUUUUGGAGCCCCUUCGAUGCGCUCUUCCGUUUACUUAUGAGCAAGAUAAGUAGCUUUCCAACCAUCACUAUCAUUGGAAUUGGCCAGCUAUGCAUAAACCCAAGGCCACAUAACGCUCUGGAGAUAUUCCGCGUAGUUCUAAAUAGGCUAGGCGAUAACGAUGAUGAAAUGAGGUACAACGUCUACGAAUGCAUGGGACGUUGCCAUGAGAAUCUGAAAAACUACGAAGAAGGGUUGAAUUCACACCAAGAUGCUUUGGCUGGACGUCGCCGCUUUUUCGGGCCCAAGCAUAAGUACACAGCCGACAGUUUAUUUUGGAUUGGACGUUCGCUUUCCAACCUUGAGCGAUAUAGCGAAGCUGAACAAUAUUUUCGUGAACAGUUAUCAGUAUGCUUGCAAGUUUAUGGAUCAAACCAUAAAGAAACAGCUACCGCUUGUAAUUGGAUUGGAGAUUCGCUUUAUGAUCUCGGCCGAUAUAGCGAGUCUGAAGAAUACUUUCGCCGAGAUUUAGAUAUAAAACUGAAGGUUCUCGGGCCACAGCAUGAAAAUACAAAGUGGACCACGAUUUGCUUGGCAAGAUCGCUCUGCUGUCAGCUCAGGUACAACGACGCAGAGAACAUCCUUCGGCAAAUAUGUCCUUCUGCGCCAGAAAGCUAUAGGAAGACAACAAAACCGACGUCUUUAGCGAUUUUAUGGCUUGCUCGGGUAUUACACUACCAAAGAAGAACUAUUGAAGCGGUCAAAGUCCUUGCCGCGCUACUUCCUAUGAGAAAUGAGGUUUGUGACUUGGAUCAUGAGCUUACUGAAACAAUUUUACUCUUUCUUAAACAUUGUUUGAGCGGGCAGGGAGAGUACCUCGAAGCUGAAAUCAUGAUGCGUCCGGCAAUUAUUGCUCAAUAUCGAAAACAAACAAAUCCAAAAAACUCUUUCAUUGUUGGCUAUAAGGCGUACAAUCCAGUAGAGAAAUAUCAGCAAUAUAUGAGGUUUCAGGGCGGCGAGGAUGAGAAUGAGGAUGAGGACGAAGAAGAUUUUGGCUUUUACGAAAGUUGGGAUAUGUGUCAUGUUGACGAUGUGCUCUUGCUCUCGGACUAUAAGAGAAUGUGUGAAAACAUUGAGGAACAUGAAAUGCAACCUGAAACAAAGGUCUUGUUGGCUUGGCUUGAUUCUCUUUGA